GAUAAUGUGCAGUCGUUGUAGACAAACGCAAGCGCGAAGGCGACGAAACGCAAUUUGUCCGUUACAGUUAAUUUGCCUUUUCUCCUUUGCCAUUUGCCCGAUUUUGCUAGCGCGAGUGAGUGAGUGCGUGUGUCACAGUGUAUUUCGUCUGUUUGUUGUUUUUUGUUUUGUUUUGAUCGCGUUGACCCGCGUUGAUAAGCCGAACGAUGGCCGAGUGAAUGCCGCAACUCGGUUGCAACACUUUUCUACCUGCCCGAAGAAGCAGAAGACGAAGUCGCAAAGUCUGCAAAUGCUUGAAUCCCAAGCGUAUUAGUCAUGAUCGUGUUGUGAUCGACGAGUCGCUGCCGCAUUUGAAUCACCGGACAGGCCCCUUCCUCUCAUCCCCCGCAGCCACCUUAAACCCCUUGCGCCUCGUAUCCAUCGCAGCCUCAGUCACACUAAGAAAGAGAGAGAGAGAGCGAGAGAGCGGAUACUCGGUUGCGAUGACAACUGUUUACAUUUGAAGCUCAGUCGAGUGGUGUCUCAGUUGAGUUCACAGUUAUUACUCAUAGCACAUGAACGCGUUUUUAGCUUUUGAAUUUCAAUUCGAAAAAUAACAUUUAUAAAAUAACAUUCAUGAAACACAAUUGAACAAUAAAUCGAAUCGCGAUUACGUGAACGUGUAUGGAACAACAAAAGCAGAACUCUACUCUAAUCGAACUCUACAUUCGUGUGUACGCUGAUAAGAAGACCGACUGUCUGUUAGUUGUUGGAGAGUCCCGCUUGAUGAUCCCCGAUCUCCGAUCUGUGAUCUGUGCACUCGCUGUGAGUGAUUCGUGAUUUGAGUGUGUCGCAAUUACAAUCGGAAUUAGAUUUGGAAUCUGAAUUGAAGCGUGUGUCAAUACAGCUGUGUGGGAAACCGUCAAGAUCUUAUACCGAUCGCAUGUGCAGCACACAAACACAAGUAAACCAAAACCAGCAUGAGUGACGACACAACAGUGGGACUGGGGUAUGGCGGCGAUAUGGAUCCGAAACCGGGACCAACGAUUGCACUGGAUGCUGCCGAUGAAAGCGGCUUCUCACAAUCAUUGCUAACUUUUGCGGCGAUCAUGACCUUUCUGAUCAUGAUCGUUGGCAUCUGUGGCAACUUUCUGACCGUUGUAGCAUUGCUCAAGUGCCCCAAGGUGCGCAACGUGGCCGCCGCCUUCAUAAUUAGUCUCUGCAUAGCCGAUUUACUAUUCUGCGCUUUGGUGCUACCCUUUCAGGGACUGCGAUUUGUCCAGGGCACGUGGCGACAUGGUGCGGUCCUCUGUCGCCUCAUUCCAUUCAUACAGUAUGGGAACAUUGGUGUCUCGCUGCUCUGCAUUGCCAUGAUCACGAUCAAUCGCUAUGUGAUGAUCACCCAUCAUGGCUGCUAUGCGCGCAUCUACAAGCGCCAUUGGAUCGCCGUCAUGAUCGCCGCCUGCUGGCUAAUCUCCUAUGGCAUGCAGUUGCCCACAUUGCUGGGCGCCUGGGGACGCUUUGGCUACGACGAUCGCCUGCAAACGUGCUCCAUUAUGAGCGAUGAUCACGGCCACAGCAGCAAGACAACGUUGUUUAUCACGGCGUUUGUGAUCCCCUGCCUGGUUAUCAUUGCCUGCUAUGCCAAGAUCUUUUGGGUGGUCCAUAAGUCCGAGCAGCGGCUUAAACGUCAUGCGAACAAGCAGAACUCCAUACCGAAUAACUUACGUCCCGUGGCUACGGCCACAUCCUUGCCAACUGGUGGCAAUGCUGGCGAUAGUCAGACUCAGUCUCAGACGGCAGCUGGAGCUGGAGGUUUGCCCGCCAGUCGCGUCUCUUCGGACAGCAGCAGCAGCUACUCCACCGACGUGCCCGAAGCAGCGAUAGCCACGGGCGGGGGCAAACAACCUGCGAUCCGGGUGAAGGAUCAGCGUGAGGUUCGCGCCAAGCGCAACGAGUGGCGCAUCACCAAAAUGGUGUUGGCAAUUUUUCUGUCAUUUGUCAUCUGCUAUCUGCCCAUCACGAUCGUCAAGGUCGCGGACAAGGAUGUCGAUCAUCCCAGUUGGCACAUCUUCAGCUACAUCAUGCUCUAUCUGUCGGCGUGCAUCAAUCCGAUCAUCUAUGUGAUCAUGAACAAGCAGUAUCGCAAGGCCUACAAGACGGUCGUGCUCUGCCAGCCGGCGCGUCUCCUCCUCCCAUUUGGCAAGACCAAUGGGGGGGCAAGCAGUGCGGCAGAGAAAUGGAAAGAUACCGGAUUGAGCAACAACCACAGCCGCACCAUCGUCUCCCAGAUGUCGGGCGGCGCAACAGCAACAGCAACGGCAACGGUAUCGGGAUCGGCAUCGGGAGUGGCAGCAACCAACACGGCGCAGACAUCCGAUUGCCAGCCCUCUGCAUCGCAAAAGUCGACACAAUCGCUGGAGCUAAUGUCAAGGGGCCCCGAUCUGAUAAGCAAAUCGAAUCUGCCGACAUUGGUUAUGCCCACAUCAACGUCCACGCCCACGCCCACGCCAACGAUCACGUGCCCGCCCCCGCCGCCAUCGGUCACGUUGGGCAACGCGGCGGCGGGCAGCAGCCGGAUGCUGCCGCUCAAGAAGAACAAUCACUCCUACAUCAACAACGGCUUCAACAGCAGCGGGAACAGCAACAACAGCAGCGUGAGCCAGAGCAGCGCCAUCUAUCGGCCAGGAGCUGGCUCAAUGGGCAGCGGCUCAGCGCCGUUGCGCCGCAUCACAAUGGUCGGGGACGACAUCAUACUGGAGGAGGAGGAACUACCCGCCACGCCCAGUCCGACAGCGACGUCCCCACCAGAGAGUCCAGCGCCACCGCCACCGCAAACAGCACCGCAUCCCCUCGCUCCCAACAACGUGGCAGCGGCGGCGGCGGCAAUGGCGGCGAGCAAAGUCACGAAAUCGCCCAUUUACAUGAACGUAAACAGUCCGAAGCGAAUGCAGUCUUAUAGCGACGCACACAUUCCAGCCAAGGAUGCAGUGCAGCAGGACACUGCUAGUGCCAGUAAAGUGCAACAAGCAGCAAUGUUUCCCAAUACAAAAGACUAACGAAAUGCUUUAAUUCCAAAACAUCGCAAUAUAUGUACUUGCGUUACAAACACACACACCAACAUAUGCUGUGUAAUUUACUUAGCUGCGCCGAUAACAUCGAGUUCGAUAUAUUUCAAGUUCGAUAGGCGAUCGAUAUUUGUGCUUAAAGUUACAUGACAGCAAAGCAUGCGAAGUAGCUAAUCGAAUUACACUGCAUUUACAUAUAUAGUAUAUAAUUUCACAUACUACUUCAUAAUCGUAAACAUAACUAUUUAUCGUUGCCCACACAAUUAGAAUUAAUCAGUCUUUACAUUCGUAAGCGCCGCAACAGUGCAGUUUGCAUUAAGCGAACGUUAACAGCUGCUGUUAAAUUGACAGCCUGCACUUAACAGAGCUGCUGUGUUAGCUGUUGACGGAACGCUGGUGUAUAACAGUGAAGGCUUAUCGCUCUGUUAAGCUGGAUGCUGGGCUUAUCAUCAGAUUAGAUGGUCGCGCCCACUCGACCAUAGCUUUGCUAUAUAUUUAUAUGCCAUUUUUUUUCAAAUGAUUUUUUUUUACUAUGCCAUGUACGUACGGUAAGAUCAGAUUGGUUGGGGACACGCCUGAGACCUUGAUCUUAAUUGAUAACUAGUUUCUUAUAUGAAGCAUUCCAUAUUAUUUAUGUAUGUAUAUUUAAAAUGUAUUAUACCUACAGACGCACUCUAAGUAAUCGAAUAUAUAGUACUA